ACUUUGGUGUUCAAAUAUUAAGUAAGGCAAAUUUAAAACAUUAAAAAAGAAAGAAAGAGAAUAAUAGAUGCGCAGCGGUGCCUGAAGAACGUGAAUAAAUUAAAAAACAAAACCCACCCAACCUCGAUGAUCUCCCCCUAGCAGCUACAGCACCCACCCAGCCUCCCUCCCGACACCACCGCCGUUACUUCUGUUCUGUACGGUACCCCCCAUCUCCGUCAGCCAGCCCUCUCAUCUUAUGAGUUGGUUCUUUCUGUCUUUUCUUCUUCCAUAAAAAUAAGGCACAUCAUUCGUUCCUUGUUUCUUUCUUUCAUUGCCCACCGUUUGGCCUUUCUGAUCUCUUCUUUCUUUCUGGGCAUCCAUCUCUAAACCUCAAAUCUCCCAUCUCCAGUCGAUUAUCUUCUUCUUCUUCUUCUCUUCGGAACCCAUCUACCCAAGGAGGAAAACAAGAAGACAAGGAAAAUGAAAAACCCCCGUCAGCCUCAGAAUUUGGAUCCGCUGUGAAUUAUCCAGCCUCGAUCGAAAUUUCAACUUUUCCGAGAGAGAGACUCCUCCAAGGGAAGGGAAAAAGAGAGAGAGAGCGAGAGAGAUUGAAAUGGCAGCCCUGGUAUACCAGAUAUUGUCGUCCUCAGCACUGGUGUCACUGGGACUCUACCACAUGGUGGCCACCACCCGCAACCACCUCAAGUCCCCACAGUCGUACUCCGCCAAGCCCUACCACCCCUUCCCUCUUUCGUCCUCUUCGUCUUCGUCUUCCAAUCAUAAUCGCCUCAGGUACUUGCAGCUCUACGCCAUCAUUGCCUUCCUCAUGGUUGCCGUCGCCCACCAGACCUUCACCUCCUUCGACGCUGAUCCACUCCUUAAGGGCCGCACCCCCGUCCACCGGUUCACCUCUCUGCAGUCCGCAGCCUCCCUCUUCCUGUUUCUGCUGCUCACGCUCGCUCUGCUGCUCUCGGAGUGGGCUCCAUCUGUGCUGCCACUGCCCUCCGAUCUGGUCUUUGGCCUGGCUGCCGCCCUCUUCUACCUACAGUGCCUGGUCUCGUGGGGUGCCGCGUCAGUGCAGAUGUCGGAUCUGCAGGCCAAGUGUGACUCAGUGUCGGGUCGGAUCUCGGCGGUGGCGUCAGGGCUGUGCGUGGUGUUGGCAUGCCAGCCAAGGUUGUUUGUGGCGGAUGUGGGAUUGGGGGCGGCCAUGUGCCUGCAGGGGCUGUGGGUGUUGCAGACAGGGCUGUCGCUGUACGUGGAGGCGUUCAUCCCGGAGGGCUGCCACAGGCUGCUGGAUGUGGUGAGCGGGGUUGAGGGUUCCACCAAGUGUGACCUCGACGAGUCCCGCUUCAGGGCUGUGGCCAUUCUGGAUUUGGUGUUCUUGGUCCACGUCAUGUUCGUCUUGCUCAUUGUCAUGGUCACCUAUGCCGUUGUUUCCAAGUCCGUUGGAAUCCGCAGAUUGGGUUCUUACGAGGCCUUGCCCAAUGCUGUUCCCUCCUCUGACCACAACAACCACAUUCAGAUGAAAGCCUUGAGCGGCACCCAGGCUUAGUUGACAACCACACCCCCACAAUCGACAUUGAGGAGGAGAAUCAGAGUGUUGGUGGGUGCUGGCGGUUUUUGUGCUGGAGGUCGUAGUCAUCCUCAUCGUCCUUAACAUAUAAUCUGCAAAGACUCCUGGUGCAGCUAGAGCAUGGGUAUCAACACUACAUUGGUUUUGAAGGUCAUAAAGAAGCUGUGAAUUCCUUGAGUGGCAAGGCAAUGGCUCUGCGAAACUCAGAAUGGUUACAGCAAUAGUUGCUGCUGCAAAUUCGACUGCUUUGGAGAUGUUUUUUUGUAGUUUAGAUUAGUUUGUUAAUGGACCAUCUCGGGUUUCAAUUGUACUCAUAUCAGUUCUAAGCUAACUCUGUCAAGAUAACAUUUCAAUAACAUUUUACGGGUAUUCGACUCAAA